AUGCAGAUUUGUAUUCUUGCAGGCGGCCAGCAGUCAAGCAAAGUUGGACAUUUUGUGUCUGUCUUCGCUGUCAAAAGGGCGGACGAGGAAGACAUUUCCGACAUCCGCUUUAGUAGCUUCCGGGAGCACCUCGGUCUCUCUGGGCGCGGCUAUCAGCUUAGCUACAAUUUGAAGAGCGUUGCCAACACGGCAAAGGAGAACUAUCCCCAGACGCGAGUCGAACAGCUUACUGGUCAGACGCAUAAUCAUGCCAAAAGUAUCGAUGACGAGACCGACUUGCUCGAGCCAAGACCUCAAGAUCGCGACUUCUCUACUAUAGAGGCUAGCUUCCGGGCAAGCCUCGCAGUUCAUUUAGUCCUAGCACAGUACGCAAGCGAAUAUUGGGGAGGCUACCUUCGGUGGCUAGAGGUAAUGAUCGAGAAAAUGAGCGGAUCUGCUCUGACCAUGACCAAGUAUAAUCCAGACAUGUUCAAACUGACCGCUGUUCAAAUCACCGAAGAUAAGAUCAACAAGGCGGUGCUGACGCUGAACGCCAACGCCCGUGUGCUGGAGGCCUUAGACAGCUUCUACAGACUUCUCUUGGAUCAUCCAGAGUUUCAAGCCAACCCUCGGUACAAAGGCUACAUUGACCACUUUUCGAUGCAGCUGCGUGGCUAUGUCUACGACACGAGCAUGUUCUCGGAGCGGGCGCAAACCCUGGGCAAGAUUGUUGGGGACCGCAAGAAUCUGACCUUCUUUAGCACAGAUAUAGUCAAGUACCAGAGCGGUGGCGGAAGCGGCGGCUCGUCCGAACCCAACGACAGAUCGUCGUCCGACAACGGGAACGACAGCACGUCGUUUUCAGGCCUCGCGCUGGCGCGCUGGUUUGAAGUCACUGUCCCCCUGACCGUCCUCACCUUUGGCGUCGCGAUAUGGUGGUACUACUUCUGGGAGCCCCGGAAUGCGCGACUACGGGCCUGGUGGAGAGGGGAGGAUCGUCCAAAAGACCCCGAGAAGAUGAUUUGAGACUUGGUGAGAAGUUUCGAUCGGUUGUGAUUUUCUUGAUUUCUUUGCCUUGUUUUCGAGCAUCUCAUAGCGCUGGUUUUCUUGGCUAUUGGCCGAAUUGUAUUUAUUUGUUGUAUCAAAGGCUUUGGGGCAGAACUGUAACGAGAGGAUCUAGGAGGGGGGUGUCGAAAUG